UUCACCCGCAAAUUUAGAAAUCUCAAAACAAACAAAACAUGCAUUUAGAAUAUGUAAUCAAAUCUUAAAAAGUAGUUUACGCGAUUUAUAUUAGGUCAAGAAAAGCGUAUCGUCAUAUGGGCUAAAAUGGCUCCUGGAUCAGCUGGAUUUGGUGAUAGCAUCGAGCACUACCAGGUGCUCAACCUUUUAGGCAAAGGAGGAUUCGCAUGUGUCUACAAAGCAAGAUGUCUCAACACUGGACAACUCGUAGCAAUCAAGAUGAUAGACAAGAAGCUUAUGCAAGCUUCGGGAAUGGUUACACGUGUACGGAAAGAAGUCGAGAUACAUUCCCGGCUCAAGCAUCCUUCAAUACUUGAGUUGUUUACGUACUUUGAGGACAACAACUAUGUCUACCUGGUGAUUGAGAUGUGCCAUAAUGGAGAGUUACAUAGAUACCUGAAAAGCAACUGCAGGGUGCUCUCUGAGGAUGAAGCGCGGCACUGUGUUCGUCAGGUCGUGCAGGGAAUGUUCUAUCUACACUCACAUGGCAUCGUGCAUCGUGACCUCACGCUCGCAAACCUGCUGCUCACCCGUGACAUGAACGUUAAAAUCGCCGAUUUCGGACUAGCGACGCAGCUGAGUGUCCCCGACGAGAAGCACUUCACCAUGUGCGGCACGCCAAACUACAUCUCACCGGAGAUAGCUAGCAGAGGCGCGCAUGGCUUGGAGGCGGACGUGUGGAGCCUGGGAUGCAUGCUCUACACCAUGCUGGUCGGCAAACCUCCAUUCGACACGGACGGAGUGAGAACGACGCUGAAUCGUGUUGUCGUGGGCAACUACGAGCUUCCAACAUCUCUCUCGUCGCAGGCGAAGAAUCUCAUACAGGCGCUGCUGCGUAAAAACCCAAAGGAGCGGCUUAAGCUGACAGCCAUUGUGGACCAUCCAUUCAUGAAGAUGCAUGGGAUGGAAGAGAAUAGUAGAGGCCGGAGGGCAGUAGAACAUUCCAUCGACAGCGGACAGGGAACGAUGUCAACCACUACGACACAUACAUCAAGUUCUCGCUCACGCCCUCUAGCGGUACAUCCGCCAUCUAACCUACCGACCUUGACCUCAUAUUCAGAUGAGCCACAGUCUACUCACAGCCAUAGAUCACAUGAUAGGUGGAGUUCUCACGAGCGAUUGAGAGGGCACAGCGAGGAUAAAACCUGCAGACAACCACUGGCACAGGUCAACAAUCGAGGGUCAACGUCCGGUUCAGCAUAUAGUAGACAUCCACCUUCACCACCUGUCAGGUUGAAAUCAAGCAACAAGGAAAAUCGUGCUCCCUCCAGCAGUGAAGCAUUUCGCUCUCCCCUCAUGUCUGUUGAGGACAUCCUAAAGAAGAUCAACACGUCCCUGUCAUCUGCCAGCCUCGACAAUCGCUCCACACACUCGAAGCACCGGCUCGUCGCCGACGACGACAAGGGAGGCUCCAUCUACAGGCCGCGUUGCAACGGUGACGCAGAUCCCCACCGGUCCCGAUGUGCCGUCGACGCGUCGUCUCACAGUCGCCAUGACGAUCACAUGAGUGAGAUGAAGCAGGCCGGUGAUUACAGUGAUGGUAGACAGGUGCACGCGACGACACGGCAGUGGGAGACAAAUUCCCGGGACGGCCGGCAGGCGACUGGUAACAACACCCAACGUGCGCCCUCCUCCUCUGAUAAGCACUCAGCGGAAAGCGGGGAUCCAUGGACGAAGAACCGGGAGACGUGUGCCCAGGAGGAGUCCAGGAGUCGAUCCCUGCUCCGGGACACUUCCAAUCGCGAUCACGCCAGCGGCGGUCAAUUGUCUCGAGACGUAGGUGGCGCCGCGUUUGGUGGCAGGAGGCGGGAGGUGUCCCGGGAAGGCAUGCUAGCCGUCAGCACUCAGGAUCCUCUCCCGUCCUCGUGCGACGCUGCGACUGACCGGAUUCUUCCCCCGACGAGGACGGGAUCACCCGCCGAUGUUUCUGCCAGAUGCGCCGUCAGAGACGAGCCACCAGGGGGCGGCGGCGACGUGGGUCUGAAAGGCAUGACGUCACCGCUGAAUGCGCGGCGCCUGCGGCCGACUCGCCAGCGCACGAAGAACGCCAUGGUAGGCAUCAAUGCUGCUGCAGACACAAUCGCAGAUACAAUUACCCACAGAAUGCCAAAUUACUGGAGUCGGUGUGACGUUGCCACGUUUAUUUUUGUGACUCUUGUUGAAUUCUUGUUACUGAUUCCACUGUUCUUCCCAGAUCAUGUUGACGGUUGUAGUGGGUCUUCAAAGUUUAUAGGUGUCAUGGCUGCUGAUGCCAUCCGACUUGAAUACUUGUCUUUCACAAUCACCAUUAAUCAUCCCAACAAAGGCAAGGGGGUGUUACUGGCAGAUAAGCCACCUAGUCCACCUCCCAGCUCCCCGACCAGCAAAUUUCAGUAUGCAAGUCUGCCCAGUAAACUAUGGAAGAAGUAUAUCUACGCAGCCAGAUUUGUGAAACUUGUACGAGCGAAGACACCCAAGGUGACCUUCUACAGCAGCGCAACCAAGUGCAUGCUCAUGGAGAACUCCCCUGAUGCAGAUUUCGAGGCUUGCUUCUAUAAUGGUGCAAAGGUGACACAGACUGGGACGAAGACCAAGAUAAUAGAAGUGGAUGGGCAGCUGGUGACAGUGGAGUUAGAUGUUCACUCGUUGUCAUCGCACACCAGGGGGCUCUACGAUCACACAGUUGAGUGUCGGCAGCACUGUAUGGAUGUGGAGUCGGCACUCGAACACAUCCAGCUGAGGACCGGCCAGGACUGCUUUCCCGUCAUCGUCGGGCGUCGGCCGACCCCAGUUCACCGUGGCGAUGACAUCAAUGCGAGAUGUGGCAACAACAGAACAUCACUGGUGGAUACACGGCGAUCCAGCCGAAUUCAGACCUCUCCUAGCAUAGCGUUGCCCACAAUGAGAUCAUUCGAGGGCACAAUUCUCAGCACAACAACGACGCAAAACAAUGGAACGCCCUCGGUACCCUCGCACCUCGCCGACAAGAGAGUGCUGCCACCUGGCGAUGAAAAGGGGCGCCACCAAUCGCAGCACUCCGGUAGCGCGCAGCGGAGACGGUCGUUGAGCACAAGCAGAGUGGUCAGACAAGUGUUUGUGCCGGACAUCGGCUGGGCCUCCCAGACAUCUAGCGGUGAGGUGAAGGUACUGUUUAAUGGAGGAACGCAGCUGAGUGUGGAGGCAUCCAGUGCCAUGGUUACGUACACCGACUCGUCUGCCAUCACGACCAGGUACGCGCAGGGAGACAAGCUGCCGGAGCAUGUUCGUGUGAAGCUGGCCCAGAUGCCCAGCGUCGUUGACCUCCUUGUUAAUUCUCCUGCGUGAUCGAUCACAUGACUUCGCAUUUAUCAAACCAUCGCAGCAUCCAUGUUAGGAGUUACCCACGGUAGUUAACGUACGUGCCAGGAGUUAUCACGAGGGUUAAUGUACAUCAGGCACGGUAGUUAUUAUAAUGCUAGCAGUUAACACAAUGCCAGGAGUUAGUACUAGUAUCUAAAUAGUGUGUAAUUAACUAGAAUUAUUGUAUGUAUCAUAUAUUUUAAUGAAUGUCAUGUCUUAUUAUUGUUGAAUGCACAAUUUUUUUAGAGUAAUACGUGUUAGCUAGUGUGGGUACAAUGAUUGCCAGCGUAAAACAUUGCAUUUAUAUAGAUUUGACAAACUGUUUGCGCUAUGAAUUUUUGUUACAUUAAAAAUGUAUAGCAUUUUUGACACAAAAGGCAUUUUUAAAUUAUUUGCAAUUAAAUGUCUAUUAUAAAACCA